AUGGGAAGUAUUGCAGAUCAUGGAUCAGUGGAAUAUCCAAAGCAGUGCGUGCCCCUAACUUUGCAGGCUAUCGACAAGACUAAAGUGUGCGAGACAGUCCAAGAACGCUGUACAGAACUUGUCACUUCGAUUCGCACGACAGUCAUAAUAUGGGUGGGGCGCGGCUUGUUUGAGCGUCACAAGCUGUCGUUUUUGAUCAUGCUAACAUUCCAGCUCUUGCAGAAGGGGAGCCUAAAGGACCAAUUUGACGCGAAGUUGAUGGAUUUCUUGCUUAAAGGACCCAUAAAGCAAGUACCCGAAAACCCUCUUGCCGACUGGCUGCCCAACAAGGCUUGGUAUGCAGUGCAAAAGCUCAUAGAGCUUCCCGGUUUUGAGUCAUUUGCCACAAAUAUGCAAAAGGACGCGCCUUCAAGGUUCAAAGAAUGGUUCCAAGAGCUUCAACCAGAAAAAGUCAAGUUGCCCCUUGACUGGAAGGCGCUUGACAACAUGCCAUUCAAAAAGCUCGUGGUGCUGCGCUGCCUACGGCCUGAUCGGCUGACUGCAGCAAUUUCGGAUUAUAUUCGCACAAUGCUUCCAUACGGGGGGCAGUAUUUAGAUGGAGACUCUGCGCUAUCAUUUUAUGAAAUUUUUGAAUCGUCCUUCGAGGAAUCUACGGCCACAACUCCAAUCUUUUUCAUUCUUUCCCCAGGGGCUGACCCCGUAAAGGAGAUUGAAGCCCUAGGCAAGAAGAUGGGAUACAUUGCAAACUUCAACCUGCACAACGUCGCAUUAGGGCAGGCAUGA